AUGGCUGCGACCGGGCAGGCAGUACCUCUUUGCAUCGUAUGGCGUCCCGUUGUUCUCAGCUUCUCUUUUACCAAGAAGGAAAUCGAGGCUGGUUCAUGGCAGACGCUACGUGACAACCUCGAGCAGCUUGACAUCAAGUACAUAGGUACUUACGAACAGCUCACCACCCACGUGGUUAGCAAGAAACGCAACACAUCCAAGACACUUCAGGCACUGGUCAAUGGCAAACCUAUCGUAUCUGACGGUUUUAUCACCGCCAUUGUCGAGGCUGCCACAGUGCCUGAUGACGCUGGAACGGGAACGCCCAGUGCAUUGGAGAGCACCUUCGAUGAGGCCUGGCCCAACGCCGCUGAUUACCUGCCACCUCGCGGUGAUGAGCCUACCGAACGACCGCCAGCCGAUUAUGCACCCGACGAGCGGCGACAAGAUGUUUUCGCUGGAUACACCUUCGUGUUCUACAACCAGAAGCAACACGAGAACCUUGCGCCUGUUGUUCAGUGGGGCAAAGGCAAGGCUUUCUUCAAAGAAGUAGUGGAAGGCGUCACCGAGGUAGAUGACUUUGUGCGCUACGUCAAAGAGGUUGCCGGUGAAAAGGGGACUGGGUCAUUUGAGGAUGGCAGUGACGGGAAAAGAGUCGUUGUGGUGCGACAUGCCCCUGGAAAGGGCGAUGACGUUGAGUGGUGGACCAACUUCUACACGAGCUUUGCCAGACAUCUCGACCAUCGGCCUCCCGACCAAAAGGAGUUUCUGGAGGCCAUCCUCGCAUGCGAUGCAUCUCUACUCCGACGACGCCUCGAAGAAGACACCCAACCUACAUCAACCGCAAAUCCCACCCAAAUCGCCCAACCUCAGUCGGGGGAUCGCAUGCAAGUCGAUCCACGCGACAGAGAAAAUGACGAACCUACCCCGGCUCGACGACGAGCUCGCGCAGGUGGUAGGUCUCGCUUCAAGGGUUUCGAUUUCGAUUCCGAUAACGACGAAGACGAUUCCAUGGCAGACGUUCCUGCUGCUCCAGCUACAAAGGCAACACAAUUAGCCGCGGAGAUGCCAGCAUCGCAAGACAGCCAAAGUCUCUUCGUCUCACAGCAACCAGAACAAUUCGAUGAUGAUUUCUCAGGGCAAGAAUCACGUCCCGCCGCCGCCACCACACGCGCUACCCGUAGCCAAAAGCCAACGCGUAAACGAGCGCUGUCACCACUGCUCGAGCAUGAUGUAUCAGAAUUACUAGAUGCCAUUGCCCCCACCGCCGCCGCCGCCAAAAAGAGGCGCAUUGAGGCCGGACAACCCGCCAUCCCCCAGCCGACUCCCGAACCAGAGGGGCCACCAGCUGUAGAGGAUGACAAAGACGACGCCAACAGCAUAUCCGACUCACAGGGUAAGGAGAAGAAGGGAGCCAAAGGCAAAGGUAAAAAAGCCAAGAAAGGAGACGGUGACAACAUCAUCGAACUCGCCCGCCAAAAGCGCGAAGAGGCCGAGGCUCUCGCGGCCGCCGAGCGUCAAGCGCUGCUGGACUCGACCGCCGACGACGAGAUUGACUAUGCCGCCAUCCGCCGCCUUCACAUCAUCGAGGAGUUCGAGGUGCGGAUGCCGAACCGCGAUCUCGACAAUGCAGAGGAGGGAGAAGAAGGCUUCGCCGACGCCAGCGGCGGCAGAAGAGGAGGGCGCACGCGCGAGCAAGACAUUGCCGAUGGCAGGUGGGAUCCGCGCUGGAACGGCCGGAAGAACUUUAAAAAGUUCCGUAAGCAGAAGCCGGGAGUUGACAAUUCUGGUGCCGGUGACGCUGUUGACGAGCAACAGCAGCAACGACGUCUCGUCAUCACGCUAGAGGAAGUCAAGCCCAAAGAAUACGGCAUUGGGGACGAUUGCUGGCUUGAAGAUGCCGGUAGUAAUAGUCGACGCAACACUCAGGGACAGGGGGGACAAUCGCAGAGUCAAGCCCGGGCUGGGACAUUGGCAGCAACCGGCACUUCACAAAAUCCGGCCGAUAACAGGUCCCGUGGUCUUCCCACGAGAAGGAUGCUCAUGGCGGUGGAUAGUAGUGACGAGGAAGGCUCGGAUGACAACGGUGGCGGAGAAGGAAGCACCGUAAUCCCAGAAACCGGAUCACCACCGCCGCCCUACUCAGCGACAGCGGCAUCGGAACCUCCAAGGUCGCGAGCAGCCAAAUCAGCUGAGAAGGCAUCAGCUGCGAGGAGAACGCGGCAGACUACCGCCACGACAACAGUGGGCACCACGACACAAGCAGAAGCUGCAUCAUCCGGAUCGGGUGCGGGUAGCAAGCAUGGUGCUCCAGCGAGUGGGGGUGAAAGGAGUAGCGGACAGCCGGCGGCGAAGAGGGCGAGGACAACAGGAACGGGAAGCAGGAGGCGGUUUGGGGUUGAGGAUAGUGCAGAGGGUAGUGAUGAGAGUGAUGAUGGGUUGAAGUUUAGGUUUGGCAGGAGGAGGUAAGGCGUUAUAGUAUUGAUAUAACUGGGUGUAGCUCCAAAGAUAUAGAAGAGACUGGUAUUGUCACAUGACAACGAUGGAAACUUGCAC